AUGGCGAAAGAGGGCCUCGUCAAAUCGGUGCUGUACAUCGUGAACGUGCUGUACGCAAUCUUCGGCUUGUUUACGGCCGCAACGGGCAUAUGGUUCUUCGUGCAGAUAAACGAGUUCGUGGCGUUGAGGAACACCAACCACUACUUGCUGGACUACAGGGUGUACUGGCCCCAGCUGGCGCCAUGGUUCUUCAUACUGCUCGGCCUGUUCGUGAUGAUGGUCGCGCUGUGCGGGUGGUUCGGCACCAGCAAGGAGAGCAGGGGCCUGUUGGGUGUCUACGCGAUAUUCCUGAUGCUCAUCGUGCUGGGCCAGGUGAUCACGGCCACCCUGAUCUUCGUGUACGUCGACGGGGAACACACGGACCGCUUCAUCAAGGACACAGUGUACGACGGCUAUUACAACUCGCAGUCAAAUCCGGACGUGUUCAAAGCGUUCGGAGGUAUCGAGAGGAAGCUGCGCUGUUGCGGGGCGAACGACGCUAGAGAUUACAGGAGCUGGAGGAACGACCUGCCGCUCAGCUGCUGCCAGGACAGCUACUACCGCGCCACGUGCGAAUUCACCGACAAAGAGGCUAACGAGAGGCUAGGUUGCUCUAAAGUGGCGGCCGUGUACACGAAGAUCAUCAGCUCUUGCGUAGCCGGCGCUUCCCUGAUAAUAUCACUGCUCGAGAUCGCGGGGGUGAUCCUCGCGUGGAAGCUGUACAACUCCCUGAGGGAGGUGGAACACUACAUAACGGAGAGGAAGGAGGGCGAGACGGAGUGU